AUGUCCCUUGCAAUGCUCGUCGGUGGGGCUGAGUGCGGCCCAUCGAACCCACUGCAGAGCCUGUCCAAAAGGUUCGACCAAGACCGCGGAGUGCAGCAGGAUCUCAUCGGUGGCACGCGUGCAAGUUCAUCUCGAGAGGUUUUCCGCACCCAACAAGCUACUUCACCUGAACUACAACAGCAUGCGGAACGUUUCUUUAAUUCGACGCAUGCGCCCCCGGCCCAGCUUGUAGUCCCUCAGCCUUUCAAUCUGGCUGGAUUUCAUGAUGCUCUUCCGCAAGUUCAAGCAUCCAUUCAAUCACCGCAGACCCAGAACCCAUUUCCCUCGGGCUGGGCGAGUGAUUUUUUGGUACACCAGGUGCAAACGCCUGCAUCUGCGAUCAAUCAUGUCGAGGCUCAGAAGGAUCGAAUGCAGAGUCCUAUUUCUGUGCCCAUAACUCCGGGACUGCAAGGUAGUAUGCCCUGGAACGCCUCGCAUGUGGGCUACAGAACGAGUCCUAUGUCGGGCAUGAUGGCCGCAGUGCCGAUGUCGAUGCAAAGAUCUACUUUGCAGACUGAUCAGAUGUCAUGGGACAAAGAGUUUCAGUCUCAAGAAACGAUGUUGAAUGCGCAUAUUGCCACAGUUGCAGAAUCUGUUCACACCGCAUCAAAGCCUACACCGAAAGACGAUAUGGCACAAUUAGCAGCACGCGUCAUUGAUGCUGUUCAGGGCGAACAAAAUCCAAAAUUCCACCAGAGUCAAUUCAUGAGCCUCAUGCGUCAGUUUCGGGACGGCGAAGUCAUCGUUGAAGAAGACAAGAUCGUUCCGAGUGAAAGCAGCACUGCUGUUCGUGUAGACGUCAAGGGAAAGGGGCGUGCAGUUGACAUUCCUGUGCGAGAAGUUCAGGAACCUGUCCUUGUCCAUUCAGUACCAGCGAGUUCCAUCCAGGGUUUUCAAGGUUCCUUCGAAUUAAGCGAGGCGUAUCACCGUCAACGUGACAAAAACAAUAGCGCAAACGAUGCGUAUUUUCAACAAGAAAACGAGGAGUUCUCGGAUUACUGGGAUGCUCAUUAUACAGGACCUGUGCCUCGCACUAUAUCCGCGGGCGAGCAAGGUUCAUGGCAUGAACUGCAACGCGAUUGGGAUGCCUUUGAAGCUACCUCCACGGGAAUUAAAGCGUUGGCAAAUUACCAAUUUCAGGAGAAUAAUCCUUAUCUCCUGGGCGACUCAUCAAGGACGCACCAUCAUGGAAUGCACGUGAGUGAUGUCCAACGUGCCUAUGAUAGCGUGCUCGAACUAGAGGCGGCUGUCCAGCGCGAUGGAAACAACGCUGCAGCAUGGUAUGAGCUUGGCGUCAAACAUCAAGAAAGCGAACGUGAAAAGAAGGCUAUCCAGGCCCUGGAACGUUCUGUUGAGCUUGAUCCGACGCACCUGGGUGCUUGGCUUGCCCUCUCGGUAUCUUACACCAAUGAAAACAAUCGCAUGGGCGUUCAUAAGGCAAUCAAAGAAUGGGCGAUUCGCAAUCCCAACUACACGCAUAUGGUCCAGAACGCCACUUUGACAUCGGCUAUUAAUGUAUCCUCUCCUGGCAAUUUUGAGGCGUUGAUAGAAUGUCUUAUCAGUAUGGCACGUAACGCUGAUGAGGUGGGAGGUGUGGAUGCGGAUGUACAAGUGGCACUUGCUGUGCUACUAAACACGACAGAUGAAUAUGCCAAGGCGCAAGAUUGCUUCCUGACGGCCUUGGCUGUUCGCCCAAAUGACUGGCUUCUGUAUAAUAGAGUGGGUGCCACGAUGGCAAACAAUGGGCAGGCUGAGGAAGCACUUCAGUUCUACUAUCGGGCACUGGAUCUAAACCCUGCAUAUAUACGAGCGAGGUUCAACCUGGGUAUUUCUUGCAUUAAUCUUCGGCGAUAUGAGGAGGCACAGUCACACAUUCUCGAUGCGUUAGUUUUGCAAGAUAGUGAUGGUGUGGCGGACGAUGGUGGCAUGAACGACAAGCGUGGUGUAACAAACUCCACGCUAUGGGAGAGCCUCAAGACGACGUGUUUACACCUUCAUAGGCCUGACCUAGCAGCGUUAUGUGAUAAGAGAGACCUGGAUGGUAUGUUUUGGGACAUCUUCUGA